CGUCAGUCUCUUUCCCUCUCAAAAAGGGUACUUUAAAGCUCUCUCAACAACUAAUCAAAAAUUGAAUCAGGGUUCCUUUGAAAAAAUGGAAGGGAGAACCUUUGUCGUGAUAUUCUUCUUCUGGGCUGCUCUCACAGUUAUCACCCCUACCCUUGUUCUCUGGUCAGAGUCCUCCAAACCCGAGUUGGAGUUUAAUGGUCAGAAAAGUGAGGGAAUAAAGAAUAGAAAAAUGAUUGGAUAUGGAGUGAAACAAGUAAGCAAUGCAACAAAAUCUUCGACUCAAUUGGAGGCAGCAGCCACAACUGGGACCCAGAAUUGGAGCUGGCUUCAGGAACUUGAAAGCUGUGUCAGCAAAGUUUUCCGAAAAGCAAUGGGACUGCUUAUCAGGGUCAGCUAAAUCCAAUGAUAAACCUUCCAAGAAAGCGUAGGUUUGCACAUCCCACCUUUUCCUGAUACUUGAAACAAAAUCCUUUAAUUCAAGAACUCAAGUUCAUCAGGUUUAAGUUUGUCAAGUCGUUACUGAAAGAAAACAUGUAAAAGAAGAUGAGAGGGGCAAACUUGCAAAUAUCUUACCCUUGUAUACAGAUAGCAACUGC